AUGUACAUUUUAACCGAUCCAGACGACAUUUACCACUUGUCCAAUACCUGCUUACAGAAAGAUCAAUUUAGUUACGACUUCACAAAAGAACUCCUAGGACUGGGUUUACUUUAUGCACCAGUACCAACUUGGAGGAGACACCGUAAGCUGAUAAGCCCAGCCUUUAAUCAACUCAUACUUGAUGGCUUUAUGGGUAUUUUUAAUGCUCAGGGUAAGCUCCUGGUCGAACGGUUAAAACAAGUCGAAGGGAAGGGCCCUUUUGAUCAUUCACAUUACGUCAGACAGACUUUUAUGGAAACUAUCUGCUUAACGGCAAUAGACGACAAAAUCACAGAAGAUGUUGCUUUGAAUUACGUUAAGGCAUUUGAAUCAUAUCUUAAUUAUAACAUACUUAGAUUCCAAACUAUUUGGCUGUAUCCCAAUUUUAUAUACCGUUUUAGUAGUCUCAAAAAGAAACAAGACGCUAGCGUGAAGUUUUUACAAGACACUUGUGAUAUGGUCUUACGAAAGAAAAGAGCUCAGCGAAAAUUAAAUAGCCUUUCUAAUAGCAACAAAGACGCAAAUCCAAAAGUAAAAGUCUUUAUGGACCUAAUUUUGGACUACGAUGAAGGAACAUUGUCGGAUCAAGAGAUAAGAGAUGAAAUAAACACUAUUAUGAUGGCUGGUCACGAAACAUCCGCAACUGUUACUAAUUUUUUUUUACUGUUACUCGGAUCAUAUCCUGAUGUUCAGGAACGAGUAUAUAAAGAAUUACAAGAAGUGUUAGGAGAUAGAGACGUAGAAAAAAGUGAUUUGUCCCAACUCGUCUAUUUAGAAGCGGUGAUCAAGGAAACGAUGAGAUAUUAUGUAAUGGCGCCCUUCGUUGGUAGAUAUAUCGAUCGUGAAGUUAAGCUGAAGAACUGCACACUAAAACCAGGGCAUAAUUGCCUUAUGUUGAUUUACGGCGUGCAUAGGAAUCCUUUGUGGGGACCGGAUGUAGAGGAAUUCAGACCAGAGAGAUGGUUAAAUCCAGAAACAAUACCAAAAAAUGUGAAUUAUUUUGCCAGUUUCAGCAUUGGAAAGAGAAACUGCAUAGGUAAAACCUAUGCUAUGAUGUCGAUGAAAACACUAUUAUGCCACUUACUUCGCCGUUACAAAAUACAUGCCGAUCAUUCAAAUAUAGUACUUAAGUUAGAUGUAUUGUUGAAACCUGUGUCAGGACAUUUUAUUACGAUUGAAGACAGGUUAAAGAGUAAACUUUGGGAUAAAUUCGUGGAGCUGACAAAUGAAUGUUUAGAUAAAGGAAACGCUUCAUACUUUUUAAUCGGUACUAAAAAGUUAUAUGUUUUAACAGAUCCAGAUGAUAUUAGUGUUGUAUCUAAUAUUUGUCUAGACAAGGAUAAAAUUUUCAGCGCAAUAACUAAGAGGUUACUUGGUGAAGGCCUAGUUUUUGCCGAAGUACCAAAAUGGAAAAGACACCGUAAAUUAUUAUUGCCAGCCUUCAAUCAACAAAUACUGGAUAGUUAUUUACCAAUAUUCAAUAGUCAGGGCAGGAAAUUAGUGAAGAAAUUUGAGAAGAAAUGUGGAAAAGGUCCAUUUGAUUGUACAAAGUAUUUGAAACGCACAUCAUUAGACACCAUUUUUAUGACAGCAAUGGGCCUUGAAAUUAGUGACCAAGAAUCCAAGACAUUUCUAACAGAUUUGGACACGGCAAUUGACAAAGGACUCGAAAGAUUCCAAAAAUUCUGGCUAAUGUCCGAUAUUAUAUAUAAAUUCAGUAAUGUAAAGAAAGAAGAACAAUCAUGUAUGAAUAGCUUACGAACGAUUUCGGAAUUGGUUUUGUCUAGGAAACGAAAAGAAAUUGCAUUGAGACAAAAAAGUAAUGUCAAUUACCAAAAAGAUAAAAAUAAUUAUCUGGAACAGCUGCUGUAUUUUAGCAAUGACCUAACAGAUGAUGAAAUAAUUGACGAAAUACAUACAAUUAUAAUAGCCGGUAACGAUACUACAGCAACUGUUAUUAUGUAUGCAUUGAUUUUGAUUGGUUCCUAUCCAAACGUGCAAGAAAAAGUUAUGAAUGAAUUGGAAAAUGUAUUUGGAGACUCUGACAGAGACGUGCAAAAACAUGAUUUAGUGCAAAUGAGAUAUUUAGAAGCAUUUCUUAAAGAAUGUAUGCGUUAUUAUGUGAUGGUUCCAUUCGUAUCAAGAUACAUUGACAAAGAAAUUAAACUGAAGAAUUAUGUCUUAAGACCUGGAAACAAUUGUCUCUUUCUUUUGUAUGGAGUCCACCGUAACGGUAUGUGGGGGGAAAAUGCUGAUCAGUUUCGACCAGAACGUUGGCUGGAAAACAAAGUGCCGUCUAACUCAAAUGCAUUUAUGCCCUUUAGUGUUGGAAAACGGAAUUGUAUAGGUCGAAUUUACGCUAUGAUGUUUAUGAAAACUCAACUUUCUCACAUACUCCGAAGUUACACAAUACAUGGCGAUCAUAUGCAACUAAAAUUAAGUUUAGAGAUGUUGCUCAGGCCUGCGUCUGGUCAUUAUAUAUCUAUACAAAAAAAAUGCAAAUAAUUAGUAAAGUUGUAAUGAUAUAAAUUAUACUUUUAUUAAUAUCAAACCUGAAAUAAAG